UGGCUCGAGCCCACCUCAUGCAUCUGUCCAUUUCCUCGGCCUCGUCCCCCCAGGCCAGGCUCCUAUGAUCUCUUCCUUCCACACCCUCUCUUCUUGGAGACAUCCCCCUGAGGUCUGGUCUUCAGUGUCCAAUGAGGAAACUUGCAGCAAAGUUCCGGAACACAUCUAAGCACGAUGUUAGCCCAGAGGGUUCUGAGGCUGCCCGUACUACGCACUUUUGUAGCUACGAAUCCAUUUAUCCCGGGACUCAGCCCCACCGAUUCGUUUCCGGACCGUAUAAAGGUUCUUCACGACUGCCCAAACGCUGCCGUCGAUACUUGCUUCAUCCAUGGACUCACCAGCAAUCGUGACUCAACCUAGACAGCCGAAGGACAGCUCCAGCCUUGGCCCCAAGCUCUUCUCCCCUCCAGGAUCCGCAGAUCACGCAUUUUAACCUAUGGAUAUGACGCAUAUAUAACCCGCGGACUAGGUACCGUUGCAACGUCCAACAGACUGAUCGACCACGCUUCGAACUUCUUGAACGACCCGACAACGAACAGGGCCGCAUACAAUGCUGUACAGAGGCCGCUGAAUUUCGUGGCCCACAGCCUCGGAGGUCUUGUUUGCAAGGAAACGAUUUUGACGUCACGGAACAACCCUGAAAACACCUCAAAGCUGUCUUCGCCGCCACAAGAGGGAUCAUUUUCAUGGGCACUUCGCACACCGGGAGCUGGAUGGCCGACUGGGCAUCUAUCCCUACGAAAGCUCUUGGCAUCAUCAAGUCAUCCAAUCCAUCAUUGCUGAAAACCCUACAGACCAAUGAUCAAUUUCUCGAAUCGAUUCAACAAAGGUUCCUGGCCAUGCUUCGUGAUGUCCCAAACAGUCGCAGCGGCAUAGAAAUAACCUGCUUUUAUGAGGAACUACCUCUGGCGAUGGCUGGAAAAGUGGUAUCCAAGAAGUCUGCGACGUUUCCUGGGUACAAUGUAAUUGGCAUCCAUGCCAACCACCGAGAUAUGGUCAGAUUUUUCAAAUGAUGAAGAGACUGGCUUCACCAGGGUUGUGGAUGGGCUGCUCCGUUCGGAG